AUGAAGCGCUCUAUGCUGGCACUACGACGGUGCACAUGCACCAGAACGUUCCACUCAUCGCCCUAUCGUCGAGCCAUUACAGAGCUGAAGAUGCCUUCCAUGUCGCCCACGAUGGAGCAAGGCAGUAUCAGCUCGUGGAAAGUCAAGGAAGGCGAUAAAUUCUCUGCGGGGGAUGUGUUGCUCUCUAUAGAGACAGACAAAGCAGAAGUGGACGUAGAAGCGCAAGAUGAUGGCAUAAUGGGCAAGAUACUCAGUCAGGAUGGUGCUAGUGGGAUAGUAGUGGGGAAGACGAUCGCACUCACUGCCGAAGAAGGCGACGAUAUCUCUAAUCUGGAAGCACCCAAAGACGACGCGCCUACCAAGUCAGAGACCAAAUCUAGUCAUAACCAGAGCAAAGAAGACGUAUCAACCAGCGAGCAGGACAAAGGCAGUAGUAGUGCGACCGAUGCGAACAAGAACACUUCGGCAGACCAUCAUAAGACUUCACCAGAGUCCUCAAAUGACUCUCACUCGCAAAUUAUUAAAUCUGAACGACCUCUCGGUCCGUCGGUAAUGCGAUUGCUCAUUGAGGCAGGUAUCACAGACUCGACGCCCAUCAAGGCGACGGGCAAUAAAGGUCUGACAAAGGGAGACGUACUUGCCUACCUCGGAAAAAUCAAAGAUCCUUUGGGAUCGCUGUCUCGUGCUCACGAGCGUCCUCUCGAUGUGCCCGGCAAAGAGACUAGCAAGAGCGUAAAAGCACCUGCAAAGAAUCUGCCGCCGCCCGACGGACCGACUUUGCGUCGUUUGAUCACGCUCGGGCUGACCCAGCCAGCAUGGCAGCAAUCUGUCAUCAGAGAUGUUCCUGCACGAUCUGCUGUAGACGUAUUUGACGAUAUCGUCAGUGACUACUUGCCUGCUUCAACGCCGGCUCUCUCGACAUCUCCUACCAAGAGCGCUAGAGCCAGUGAUCCUUGGUUAGAGAUAUUGUCUUGA